CUUUUCUCUGUCUCUGUCUCCGUCUCGGUGUCUGUCCCUGCGCGGUGCAAUUAGGAUGCACCUUGAUUGCCCCGCUCUGGUUGCCUCGCAACAGCAGCAGGAGCACCGCGGGGGAGCACCGGAGGGGAGCACCGGACAGGAGCAUCGCCCCCCGCCACCAUGGACAGCUUCGACCUGGCCCUGCUGCAGGACUGGGACCUGGACUCGUUGUGUGUCUAUGAACCAGACCGAAGUGCGCUGCGGAAGAAAGAACGGGAAAGGAGGAAUCAGGAGUCUCAGCAGGACGGUACCACUUUUAAUACAAGUUAUUCCCUCUUCAGUGAACCGUAUAAGACGAACAAGGGGGACGAGCUCUCGAAUCGGAUCCAGAACACUCUGGGCAACUAUGACGAGAUGAAAGACCUGCUGACGGACAGAUCCAAUCAGAGCCAUCUCGUCGGAGUUCCCAAGCCGGGGGGUCCUCAGACCCCAGCCGAUAAAGCGGACGACGAUUUGAUCCCGGCCUCCGGGCCGCAACCCUUUCUCCGUGGCUCUUCGUCUUCCACAGUGGUCGCCGUGCCAGAGCCACAGCUCAAGAAGCCCUCGGCAGGUUGGCAGAAAGCCGGGCCCACGCUUUCUGCUGACCACCAGAAGCCAAACGAACAUGGCCACCGAUUGCUCGAUUCACACGCUAUUGACUUGAAAACCGCCAGCCAAAAAACCAGUGGUGAAACGAGUAAAUACUGUGCAACCAGUCCCACGUCCUCCCGCUCUUCCUCCAACCCAGCACAACAAGGUCCCCAGCGGGCAGCACUUGGGGACGGGGCCAGUAGACAGCAGCCUCAGAGGCCCAAGGCCGACUGCACCGUGGGCGCCCGCCUGCGGCCUCCAGAAAGGCCCAUGUCGACCAAGCACGGCAGGAGUGGGAACUUCCCAUCUUCCCUUCCGUCGAAGACCAGCGGAGUCCAGCGGAAGCCAACGGCUUACGUUCGGCCGAUGGAUGGCCAGGAUCAGACUCCCAGUGAGUCUCCCAAACUAAAAUCCUCCAUGGAACCGAGCCUUCACUGUGCCCCAUGCGGAGGAGAGCCAGCUAACAAACCUGACUCGGGCAAGACCAGGCCAAGGUUAGCAAAGUUCAACAUCGCCAAACACGGGGAGGAUGGUGGAUCCGGAGACAGCGGCUGUGUGAAAGAAAUAUUGCGGGACUCUCAGCAUGUAUCCACCGGACACCUUAUUCAAAAGAAAUGCGACACCGAGCCAAAGAGUCAAGACCAUGACACCUCGUGCUCAUCAAUGCUAGAAGAUGACCUCAAGUUAAGUAGUGACGACGAAGAGAAUGAGCAGCAGGCAGCACAGAGGUCUCCUCUCCGCGUUCUAGCUGACAGUGGCACGGUCCAGCCUCCCAGCCCCAGAGCCUCCCAGCCGCCCGGCGGGGGAGUCAGCAGCGACAGCGGCAGCUCCAGCGACUCGGACAGCAGCUCGGGAUCCGACUCGGAAAGCGAGAGCAGUUCUGGGGAGAGCGAACACCCCGACCCUCCUCGCUUCUCCAGCCCAGAGCCGGAACAAGCGUCCUCUAACAAGUGGCAGCUGGAUAAGUGGCUGAACAAAGUUAAUUCCCAGAAGCCCCCGGUUCUCCACCAAAAUGAAGGCUCCGGUCCAGGGAGCGGGCAGUGUUACGGUAGGUUAAAGGACGACGGGUCAGGGUGUGUCCAAGCUGCUGAGGGCCAGCCAGCUGGCCUCAAAGACAAGGAGAUCAAGACCCCCAGCAAGCAGGAGCAGAGGCCUAGGACAGCCAGCAAAGCCCCGGGCGCCCGAACGGGGAGGCAGAAAUCGCCGCCAGCUCUUGCCACCGCGGCCACCGCCGGCCCGGCUCUCGCUGCGGCCGGUGCCGGUGCCCCGCUGAGGAGAUCGGCCUGGAAGAAGCAGCUCGGGAGGACAGAGAAGCCCCCUGCUAGCCACGGCCUCGGCUGCCCCAGAGCCGAGGCCGCAGGCGGAAGCCAAGGGCUCUUGGACGGCAACCCCACCGAACCCCCAAAGCGCAGAUUGGUCAGCAACCGAACGGGAUCGGGGAAGGAGCGGCGUGCCUCAGUGGCCUGGGAGAAACGCCGGCUCCGGGGCCCCGGCCGAACAGCCCCCAAAUCCAAAGAAUUCAUCGAGACAGAAUCCUCGUCCUCCUCCUCGUCCUCGUCGUCCUCCUCCUCCUCGUCCUCCUCUUCUUCCUCCUCUUCCUCGUCCGCCUCCUCUUCCUCGGACACGGACCCCGAGUCGGAUCGGGACGGGUUGCCCGGGCCCCGGGGCGGGGCCGAGCCAGGCCCGGAGCUGGAGGAGCAGUCCUACACCCUGGUUCCUUUCGGGAGGAAUGAACUACUGUCGCCCCUGAAGGACGGCGACGACGUCAAGGCGCUGUGGGUCAAAAUCGACCUGGCUCUUCUAUCCAGGGUCCCGGGGGCCUCCCCUGAGGACGGGAGGAUGGAGAGCAACCCCCAGAGACCCGCCCCCGACCCACCGGCGGGCAAGGUCUUGCCAAGAUCCAAGCGGAAACGCAAGUGUGAAAACGAAGAGGAAAUCAGGGAGAGUAAGAAGACUCAGGGAGACAAGGCGUGUUCCUUACGAUCCACUGCUCCGGCCAAAAGCCCUCCAUCAGGAAACCAUUGCAGCUUGAAUGUCAAUAGCUCGGCAACACCAAUGAAUAAAAAUGAGAAAGCGGCCUGGUCACCCAUCUCACCCCUCUCCGACGCGUCAAAACACCAACACUCCAGCAGUGAUUUAACCUCUCCCUGUAGACCGAAUGGCAACAGUCUAUUAACUUCCAUCUCCUCCAGCCAAAAACCCAGGCCCGAGACCAAGUCGCCAACCCAUCCUGCAGAUUUCUCUAAAGCUGUUCACACCAACUCAGAAAAUGCGCUAGUCUGCAACAAGUCCCAGCCUCCAAUGGAACCAUGGUCACCGUCACACAACAGCCACAGAGACAAAAGGAGACAAAAGCUAGUCUUCGAUGCUAUGCCACACACUGCAGAUUAUUUUAUGCAAGAGGCUAAACGGAUGAAGCAUAAAGCAGAUGCAAUGGUGGAGAAAUUUGGGAAGGCCCUGAAUUAUGCAGAAGCAGCCCUGUCAUUUAUUGAGUGCGGAAAUGCUAUGGAACAGGGCCCUAUGGAAUCGAAAUCCCCCUAUACAAUGUACUCGGAAACAGUUGAACUCAUCAGGUAUGCCAUGAGACUCAAGACCCACUCCAGCCCCAACGCCACUCCCGAAGACAAACAGCUGGCGGCGUUAUGUUACCGCUGCUUGGCACUCCUCUACUGGCGGAUGUUUCGGCUCAAAAGGGACCAUGCCGUGAAGUAUUCGAAAGCCCUGAUUGACUACUUCAAGAAUUCUUCAAAAGCUCCCCAGGCCCCAUCUCCUUGGGGCGCCAGUGGAAAGAGCACAGGAAUUCCCAGCCCCAUGUCUCCCAGCCCGUCUCCGGUCAGCUCCGUGGGAUCUCAGGGGAGUCUCUCCAGCAGCGGAGCCCCUUCGCCGACGUCUAUCAUCAGCAUCCCCCAGCGCAUCCAUCAGAUGGCAGCCAAUCACGUCAGCAUCACCAACAGCAUCCUGCACAGCUAUGACUCCUGGGAGAUGGCCGACAACCUCGCCAAGGAGAACAGAGAGUUCUUUAACGAUCUGGAUUCACUCAUGGGACCUGUCACCUUGCACAGCAGCAUGGAGCAUCUGGUGCAGUACACUCAGCAGGGACUGCGCUGGGUCCGGAGCAGGACUUACGUCUCGUAGCGACCGUGGCCUGCACCCCCAGACUCUGUCCCCUCCCGGCGGGAGGUGGAUUUUCCCGGACACUGUGCUACAGAGAGACUCGGCCCCCACCCAGCAUUUAUCCAAAUGGAGGUGAACGUUUCUUCAGCGUUGAACAAUGUUUUUUUUUCCCCAAGGUAUGAGUGUAUUUGUAGGUGAGGGUGGGUGGGGGCCCUUGGGUGUCUCUGAGUGAAACCCGAAGCUCUUCAGAAUGUCUGUGCCCCAGGUAGACCUCGCCACUGUAAAAAUAGGCAGGAGUGUUACCAAGGUACACCCCCCCGCGCACACACACAUACACAACCGUACACCUUUUCUACUUCCACACCUGACCAAGGAUUCCUAGAAAAUGCAACCCAGAUCUCCUGGGUUUGUUAAACCUAGUGCAAUAAAGCACACUGAAAGCUUGACUGCCAAUUCAGAUGCUUCUACAACUUUCACGCUUUGAUGACUUUCAGGGAUAAUGUGCUGUUUGGCCCAUGGCUUUCGUGUGGCACGGGGGCGUGGGUAUCUGAGCGGUGGCCAUGUUGAGAGCUGGCUUGAGCGCAGGACACUUCUUCGUCGCAGCGCUUCUCUCCCUCCGUAGUUACACAGAAAGCCCACCACCCAUUCAGAUUUGCCGUUGACUAAAAUACGGACUAAGCAAAAGUGACUUUUUUUUUUUUUUACCAUCCUUCUUCCCCUGCCAGAUUAACAUGCGUUGCAGAGGAUCUCAAAGAAAUAAAGAUGUUCUACUGCCUUGGAGCCCCGCCUAAAAGAAAAGCAAUCGCUACACUUAGGGAAAUAUUUUACAGAUAUGACGCCACGUACACGUAGUACCAUAUUGUCUAUCUUCUGUGGUGCGGGUGUAUAGUACCGUGUCAUCUGCCUGGCCAUCUUGAAACUGUUCUGCUCUGAAUCAGGACUCCCUAUCUGGACCUUUUCCUUUAACCAGAUGGCUAGGUUUGCUGCUCAGUGAGUUAAGAGCUAUUUACAAUCGUAAUCCCCUCUCUCUUCAUGCGUAAUCUACUCCUCCAAGGCUCUAACGCGUCUUGAGCUGGGGAACAUUUUCAUCCUAGUUGACAAGCUGUCUUUUGUGCAGGGGGAAUUAAGCCUGCAAUAACUGGAAUUUGGCUGGGCUCAGCUCAGACUGUUCAGCUCUUUACUAUAAAGGGUAUGCCCGCGGCCUCUAGCACUUUGGGAAUUUUUGUUCCGAUUUCAUUUUCCCUUCACACUCUUGACACCUUAGAUCAGUCAUAUUUAUUGAGCGCUGACUGUGUGCAGAGCAUUGUACUAAGCACUCGGAAAGUACAAUUGGGCAACAGAUGAGACAAUCCCUACCCAGCAAUGGGCAUUUUCUGGUUCCGUUGAAAAGAGUUUUCUAUUGGAGAGUUUCAUCAUAUCCCCGUUUGAGUUCCAGGCCUGCUAAAGAUACAGCGUUAGGAAAAUCUCUUUUGAAGAAAAUUGGCUUUGGGUCUUAUAAAAAAUAGCUCAAUUUUGCAGGUAACUCAUCCACUUCCACAGCUGCCUUUCUUCUUUCCCGUUUUUUGUUGGUGAGAGACUCUCAGUGUGUCAUAAGGAUGAGGCGCUCUGUGUCACGAGAACUAUUUCAGGGUGUUAGUACAGGAUGUAUGCUGAAAUAUCUGACUGAGUGUUCAGCUACCGGUAUAUUUGGGAAGUUUGGUGACCCUAGUUGAUUGAUCUUUGGUUAGGAAAGAAGAAAGCCAGUCGGCCCCAUUCUCCAAAUCAUUUGGAAUUUUCUAUCUAAAUAGAUGAAGAAGGAUCUGCCCCAUUUGCCUUUUCCAGCUCCGGUGUAUGUUUUCCAGGCAUUUGAGUAGUGGGAUGAUUUGGGAAGUCUUAUUUCCUAUUCAUUCAACUUUAAGUGCUGCAGUUUUUUCAUGCCCUGCAGUGAUUAUGAACAAAUCUUCAGGAUUUCAUUCUUCAUUGGAGAUUUGGAGUAGAGAAUUCUGGGUCACCUUUAUUUGAAGGGCUAUGACUUAGUUCCUCUUAAUCCUGAUGAACUCUGUUGGAAUGUUGGGACUCAUGUGUAGAUAUUGAAUUAUAAAAAUUGCCUUGGCCAUUCAGGAUGAAUGAGAGUCGGUUUGUACUAUGUUCACAUUCCUUGCUCAACCAUGGUAUCUGCCAGUCUUGCCCUUUUUCUGUGAAAUUGGGCCCGUUUUGAGACAUUCCAGCUGAUGUACUCAUUAAAUUCAUUAAACUUGGACAUUGUCUUUGGUUAAUUACGAUAAUAGCCCGAUUAUUGGCAACUUGAGGCUCUGCUUUCAAAAGGAUUUCUUGCAGUUGGUCAUUUUGUUGUACUUCAUAUCACUGGCACUUGUUUCUUUUGUAUAGAACAGUACGUGCAAUAGUUUCUGUUUAAAAUGUUUCAUUUGGCAACAAUGACGCUGUGACAAAAGACAUUCUUUCCAA